AUGACCAUGGGGGAGCUGAAUGAGGGGCAAAAACAGGUCUAUCCCCUCUUCCAGAAGAAUGCAAAACCCCGAGACACCAAGCCGAAGAAAGUUGAGCCACAAAUGCUUUCCACAAGCGUCUCGAAGAGCGAAUCCGAGCUUCAACCUUCGUCUGUCGAUGCAUCUAUGAAGCUUCUGGGGAGGCCCCGCAGGAAGCCCAAGAACGCCUUGCCGGUCGAAACCUUGAAUACAGCAGCAGACACAUGUGCAGUGCCCCAGGAGAAGGAGGAUGGUCAGGCGGAAUUGCUGCAGGUCGACCCCAACAAUAGCAGGAGGAAACGGCGGAAAACAGACUCGCCAGCACAUGAGGAUCUUCUCGAAGCAGGAGACAAAGACGUGAAGGACGUGAAAUUUCCUAAGAAGGAUAGGGCUUCGAAAAAGGACGAGGCAUCCCCCUCAACUCAAAAAGCAGAAAGACUGAGUCAACCGCUCAUUUCACUGCAAAAGCCCGAGCCUUGCAACGGACUAUCCCCUUCAACAAAAUUUCCGCACAUUCUGGGCCCCAUAUUCCCCCCCACAAAUGCAAAACGGCUUGGGAAUACUGGAGAUGGACAGAGGCAACGAUCCAGCUGGACUUCGCAGAACGGAAUUCAGAACAGGAAUGGAAUACAAGUAGACGAAAGCAACCCUGCUCUUACCAGUGAAAAGGGCGAAUUUGAUUUGAAAUUGCUACUUGCAGAAGGAGCUGACAAUAAACCAAGAAAAAUCCUGCGACUGAAUACGAAGACUGGUACCAUUGGUUCACCUCCCGCCAAGAAAAAGAUUCCCUCUGUUGAGCCAGCUACGAAAAUCUCCGGUCGUAGGAAAUUCCCCAGAUCCAAUAUUAUAACGGUUCGUUAUGGAGAUGGGGAGCGACUUCCAUUGAGGAUUGGUCCAAAAAUAGAGCAGAUUCUGAAUAGGACAUACAUUGUCCAUGUGCCUGGCAAAGCUGUGUCUGACCCACACAAGGUCACGAAACCUGCCCCAACUCAGCCGUCAAAGGCCCUACAUCCUCUUUUCAUGGGCAAAGCUACUUCCAAACCGCCAGAUCACAAAUCGGAAAUUGCCAAUAAAGCCCCGAAUGUGGAGGUAGUAGAAAGCAGGGAGCCUAAAGUACUAGGAAGGGCCAGAGAACGUUCAUUUGGGAAACCAGAUUCUCCCCCUAAGCCAAAGGCUGCUCCAUUUGCUGGUUUCGGCAAAUCUUCUAUGAUUCUCAAAUUUCCCGGAGCUGUAGAACCAGCAUGGCCAUGGCAAGGUAUGGUACACGUUCGUCCAGAUGCUAGCCAAGACUUUCCACGGGGUUCCGGCAACCGAAGUGACGAUUUGCAAAUUCGUUCAAAAGCCAAAAAGUCUAAGUAUCAGGCCGUUCAAAUUCUACCGAAAGAAUAUGUUAUUCAUGCUUUAGCAACAGAAUUAGGGAUAGGAAAUGUGGUUGAGAGCAUUCGAGAGAUCAAUCCAGACGAGUUCCCUCCUCUUCCUCCUUGCCUGCGUAUCCCGAUCAAGCACUAUGAAGGUGGAAGUGCUAUACAACGACGAGUGCGCAACGAGAUUCGAUUUAAACUGCCCCCUCCCAAUGCAGCUAAAUCCAGCUCCAGCGAUGAUGAGAUCCAUACAAAUACUUGCAUUCGCGCGACACCGCAUCCAGCACUAACAAAGGCUUACGACCUGAUUCCAACCACAAUGUCUGCUUUUGACCAAGGUCAUUGUGAAACUCAGUCAUGGGUACGGAAAUACUCUCCAAAGUGUGCAGCAGAUGUCCUUCAAAGCGGUCGCGACGCGUUUGUUUUGAAAGAAUGGCUAGAGAGAUUGACUGUACAGUCUGUGGAGACAGGCCUAGGCGAUCAAACUACUGGUCGUGCCUCGUCACUAUCAAGAACUGGGCCAAAGUCUGAAAUCGCUGGGAAGCGGAAACGAAAGUCCAAGAAGCUGGAUGGGUUUGUCAUUUCAAGUGGUGAAGAAGACAACGAAAUGGAUGAAAUAACCGACCCAGAGGACAAUCUCAUAGCUGAAGCUGGGCAGGGGCUACUCAAGAAGACAGUUAUUAGGUCCGGUGAUGCAAAUAAGGGCAUCAAAGACUCUGGAAGAGUGACAAAUGCUGUUGUCAUAAGUGGUCCUCACGGAAGUGGGAAAACUGCCGCCGUCUAUGCUGUUGCAAAGGAGCUAAGUUUCGAAGUGUUCGAGAUCAAUUCGAGCAGUAGGCGUAACGGCAAGGACAUUCUGGAGAAGGUAGGCGACAUGACUCGCAAUCAUCUUGUCCAACGUUCGCAGGCCCCAGUCUCGGUAGAUGAAGAUGAAAAGCGUAUGGAUGAUGCCCUCGCCCAAGAUCUUCAAACCGGUCGACAGGGAACAAUGAAUUCUUUCUUUAAGCCAAAAGAGAAUCCGAAACCCAAACCCGGCAGGCCAAAAAUCGGUUUCAAAAAGGAGCUCAAAGAUCAGCCGUUACCCAAAGCUCCAAUCAAACAACAGAAACAGUCUUUGAUCUUGGUUGAGGAAGCUGACAUUCUCUACGAGGAAGACAAAAACUUCUGGGCGACGAUUCUGGAUCUCGCCACCAAGUCGAAGCGCCCAAUGAUCAUCACUUGUAGUGACGAAUCCCUUCUACCGAUGAAUGCUCUUAUGCUAUAUGCAGUCAUACGUUUUGUACCACCUCCCGUUGACCUUGCGACGGAUUACAUGUUAUUGGUCGCUGCCUGCGAAGGUCACGUUCUUCGACGCGACGCUGUUAAAACUUUAUAUGAGGGCCGAAGUCUGGAUCUGCGAGCCUCUUUGACCGACCUAAACUUCUGGUGUCAAUUUGCUGUCGGCGAUGCGAAAUGUGGACUGGACUGGUUCUACCCUCGUUGGUCUCGCGGAAGUGAUGUUGAUGAAUAUGGAGACACCAUUCGCGUGGUCAGUGAGAAUACAUAUGAAGCAGGGAUGGGCUGGGUAUCACAAGAUGUCCUCGAAAGUCACGCGCAUUAUCUAGACAUUGAAGAGGAAAUGUUGCAUGAGGUAUGUGAUGGGUGGCAGUUAGACGUUGGUGAUUGGCAGGAGAAUAUCGGCAUCGAUUCAUGGGCAAGUAAGAUUCAGACUGUAUCGCGUGGGAAAAAAGAUGAUCUAUCUGCACUGAGGAUGUACGAAGAGUUUGCAACUGGCAUGAGUGACGCAGAACUGUUUUCUGGUCCUACUUUUGCACCAGAAAACAAGAUCCUUCUCGAUGUCAACAUGCCAGAACUAUCAAUCAAAGUACGAGAGGACUACAUCCUAGCCCAUGAAGUCAUCGAAGCCUCACCACUAGUCGAUUUCACAACAACCAGCAAAGAUAUCUCCCUGUGGAUGAAAUCUCGAGCCAGGAAAUACCUCCAAAUCGACCAACACAUCCAACAUGGCUACGAAAUUCUACCCCAGCUGGACCGACCAGGUGAAAGCGACGUGCUGCGCCUCAUCAAGAAGCAAGCUAUGAUUCCCGACCUGUCUCUUUCCCGUAGCGACUUCAGUCUCGCGUUCGACCCUAUCUCAGAAGAAGAAAAAUACGUCUGGAACACCUCCACAACCCUCGAAGCAUCAUCCUUCGAUCGCCACCUAGCAAUCAUCUCGGUAGACCUAGCUCCCUACAUACGCUCCAUUGUUGCCUACGAUGCCCGUCUCCAAGAAGAACGAGCACGUAUGAGCAACCUCCUCAGUGAAGGAGGACGAAAGGGGAAACGGCUAAGAACAACCAGAGCCGCGAUGUCUGCGCUUGAAGGCGGGGCUCGCAGCACUACGAGGAGAGAGAGGUAUUUUGGGUCAAAGUUGAAUUCACAGUUCGUGCUUAAGACAGGGAUGCAAAGUUGGCUUGACGCGGCGAUGGUGGAGGAGAGGAUCGAGAGAGAGGCACUGAAGCUGAUUGCAGAGAGGGAUGCUUUAAAGGCGAGGGAGGAAGAGAAAGAAGGUGGGAGUGGGCGUGAUGAUGAGAGUGCAUGA